CAGAUGGUUGCAACUUCCAUUGGUCUUUUCAUUUAUGAUGAGCGAAUCCUACCGAAAAUAUCAAGCCUCCGAGUCUACCCAUCCGCUUUGGGAUUACAGUCCAUGGAACGAUGCAAGAUACGUAGCGACACAAAAGACAUCCACUCGACCUCGAGCUCCACCGGAUUUUUAUGGUGAUCAAUCAGAAACAGCGCUGGCCAGUACUACAUCAGUGCAAAAAGAAACUCUUUCGAACCAUCCAAAUGUGGCUUCUCCUACGUCAAGUUCAUUGGCGGCAGCAGAGAUUACGUCAAUGGAGAUCCAUACGUCGAGUGCUGCCGUUGGUCAGGAAGUAUCCAGUGACCCAAGGCGGCCACCUAUGAGGGACACGAUUCCUCAAGAGAGUGACACGUUUUCUUAUGACGAGUACCCAUGGCCGGUGACAACAACAUCGUCUAGUCCUAAUACAAAGAUUCAUCAAAGUACGGAGCCAUUGUUGACUUCUGCCUAUGAACCUGAAACGGCAUCGUCCAGCAUGGAAGAAAUCGUUACACCAACUGUUCGGGAAAUUAUGAACGCGGACAGCGUCGUGGUUUCCACCACAGCCACUCAAUUCGCCACAGUGUCGGAGUUUCGCACGUUGGAAAAGACGUCUUUUGUUACAGCAACAGCAACAGCAACAGUAACGACCACUACCACCAUCGCAUUGCUGGAACAGGGAGAACCGCGUUGGUUUGCCUUGGGUGGAUUUGGAAGCAUGGAAAUGAUGACGAGUCCGGCCACAACACAUCAUACACAAUCAUGGCAUGUUUUACUAUGUUUUAUUGUUAUGGCGAUCGCAUUCAUACAUGCUCAGCGAUAA